AUGCAAUCAAUGAAAAAGCGGCAGUUGGAUAUUACAUUAUACAAAAAAAUGCAGGCAGUAAUCAAAGAGAAGUUAAGUAAAGAAAAAUCGCUAAGGCAGAAAAACAAAAGCAGAAGGCAACAGAAAAAUCAAAACAAAACCCAUGCAAAUCACCUUCGCCAUUAUUUUUACCUUCUUUAUUAUUUAUCGCAACAACUGUUGUAUCAUUUCGCUUCCAUUAGUAGGGAUGUUGUACAGUUUGAUAAUUAUCUUAUGGAUAACAUUUCUCAUCCAUCUCGUCCAAACGCACGGCUUCAUGAAGAAGCCAUUCCAGCCGCUUCUGAUUUGCAAACACUUUUAACAAAUUCUACAUCCAAGAAGGGGAAAAUGAAUGAGGAACCAUUAUCGAAGGUAUUAGUUUAUUUUAAAGCAUACGCAAAAUGUUAUUUGAACUUAGGGUCAAAGAAUACGGAAGCAUGUUUUGUUUUCGUGUGCAACUUUUUAAUUUUUAUAUUCUGCAAUUGUUUGGUAAAUAAUAAUGUUUUUAAUUUGAAAAAGCCAGGAAUUAAUCGAUUGACUGAAAUGGCAGGGGUGUUACUGUCCCCAAAGCCAGAAUUUAUCCAGAAACAGACCUUUGAAGGUGCCCAAGCAGACAGGCAGAAGGCAAUAUGCAAUAAAAACGAAAAGAAUGGGUGCGGAAAGGGAUGGAUAGUGUUAUCAGCCAAAAAAACAUGUGCAUUUCUGCAAAGCAAAGAAGCGAAAUUCGUAAUUCUGGACGCCUAUUCCUUACAAUUUGUAUGUAAGAAUAUGCGCAAGCAAGUAAAAAGUAUUUGA